AUGGCGGCAUAUUCACGAAAACCACUAUUCAACAGAUGCUUUCAAAAUUCAAUACCAUCCGAGGCCGUCCUCGCAGAAAAGAUGUGGGCGAUAGAAUAUCUCAACAGUUGGUUUUCCAACAACUCUAGAGCAGGUAUACAGUGUCCACACGAGGAUCCCAAUACACUACAAUGGGAGACCAUCUACCACCUGUGUAUCAAUUCCAGUAAGGACGCGGUAAUACGGCUACUGAGUCUAGGGCUUACAUUUUCCGUGCCCUGGGAUCAAAGAACUCUCUUCCAUGCCGCUGUCAGGAGACAUGACAACGACAAGGAAAUACUAGAUCACCUGCUGUGCAAUCUACCCGUCAACCAAUAUUUUCUAGUUUUCCAACCAGACGAAACUGGAGAAACAGCUCUGCAGUACGCCUUAAACCAGCCCUACUUCGGUGAGAAGGAGGCGACGCUAUUGAGGUGGACACUUUAUGCGAGGCAACAAGGGUGGGAGAUGCAGUACAAUAGAACACUCGCUAUUGCUGCACGGAAUGGACACAUUGAUGCCGUCAAAAUGCUCCUCGGCGCUUUGCAUGACGCGAGGUACGAUAUGAAUACAGAUCCACUAGUUGCGGCCAUUCGUUACAUGGCAGAGGAGGUUAAUAAUGAUGCACACUUCGCCAAUGGGUGUGAGAUCGUCAGACAGCUCGCCCGGUAUGGACAUGAGUUUGGCUGGGGCUUUGGAGUGGGAUACGCUUUCCAGGAGCUUGUUGGUCUCUUUAAAUGA